CUCAAGGUUUUGUUUUUGAUUUCUAAAUGGCAAGUUAAGCGUAUAAUGAUGACAUGUGUACCCCGCUCUCAAUGAUUUCAAAGUAACACAAAAUUUUGAAGUGGUAAAAUUGGUGCAUGGAAACAGCCAAGCUAUCGACGGGGCCGGAAAAUUGGAGAGUAAAGGAUUGGGUGGGUUAGUAGCAGAAUCUAGGGAAGCUGUGUUGCAAAGAAAAAGAAAAAAUGUGGGCUCAGCUCAAGUUAUUCCUAUCAACUGUGACUGAGAUUUGCGCUUUUCUUGUCACUUGGUUGAUUCUUUGGCAAUUUAUUAUUAUUUUUAUUUUGCCGUUUCAACUGUCCUCAGUUAAAUUCUUUUCCCUCGCGUUUGUACAUGCUUAUUCUUUAGGCACCUUUUCGUCUUCCUUUUAAGGCAUUUUAUAUAUUGGUGACAGCAACCAUACGACAGUAUUGCAUUUGUUUUAUUUCUUGGCCCAUUGUAUGAAAUUAAGAUAUGUCGGCAGAAGAAGAGUCCAAUUCUCUCGAGUUUACACCAACCUGGGUGGUAGCUGCUGUCUGUUUCAUCAUUGUUCUCAUAUCUAUUAUCGCUGAACGAGGUCUUCAUCGCCUCGGGAAGUACUUGAAGCACAAGAAACAAGAUGCACUAUUUGAAGCAUUACAAAAAUUGAAAGAAGAGCUGAUGCUAUUAGGAUUCAUUUCCCUUCUAUUAACUGUCUUUCAAGGUCUAGUAUGUGAAAUUUGCAUCCCGGCUUACUUCGCAACUAGUCUGCUUCCAUGCAAGAGGCAUAGUGAAGAGAAAACUCAUGAAGAAUAUACUUCUCAAGCUAUAAACAAUAGACGGCGCUUGUUCUCCACAGAUAGCGGCUCAGACCAUUGUUCGCGUGAGGGGAAGGUCCCCUUAUUGUCACGGGAAGCAUUACAUCAUCUGCACAUUUUCAUCUUUGUAUUGGCAGUUGUUCACGUGAUAUUCUGCGUCAUUACGAUGGUUCUUGGAGGAGCAAGGAUACGACAAUGGAAGCAGUGGGAAGAAUUGAUUUUGAAACAUGGAAAUGAGGAUACCGAUCAUCAUCAUACAUUUUUUGCACGACAUGCACAAGGAUAUUGGAGAAGGGCAGCUGUUGUGAGCUGGAUUAUGUCAUUCUUCAAACAGUUUUAUGAUUCUGUUACCAAGUCAGACUACUUAGCACUUCGAGAAGGGUUUAUCAGAACUCAAGGUCAUAGAAACUUUGAUUUUCACGGUUACAUGAUUCGGACACUUGAAGUGGACUUCAAAAAGAUUGUUGGCAUAAGCUGGUACCUGUGGCUAUUUGUGGUGGUGUUUUUGCUAUUGAACGUGGAAGGGUGGCAUACUUAUUUUUGGUUAUCGUUUCUCCCUGUCGUUUUGAAUGGAGGUGUACAGCUUUUACUUCUCGUGGGAACCAAGUUAGAGCACAUUAUCACUCGCUUAGCGCAAGAGGUGGAUGUGAGUGAAGCAACACAAGUUAAACCUUCCGACACACAUUUUUGGUUCGAAAAGCCUGGAAUCGUUCUUCACUUGAUUCAUUUUAUUCUCUUUCAAAAUGCAUUUGAGCUUGCAUUCUUCUUCUGGAUAUUGUGUACAUAUGGAUUCCAUUCAUGCAUCAUGGAAAGAAUGAGCUAUAUCAUCCCUAGACUUAUAAUGGGUGUAAUGGUUCAAGUUCUAUGCAGUUACAGCACCUUGCCUUUGUAUGCUUUGGUCACACUGAUGGGUAGUCAAUUGAAGGAAGGACUGUUUAAGGAGUUUGUGCGGUCGUCAUUGGACAAGUGGUUCACGGAGAGAAAAGGUGAAGCAAGCAAGCAUGAGUCCACAAAUACCACACAGAUGGAUAGAAUGGUGAAAGAAUCUUAUCAAAGCAUGCCAACCGGAAUGAGUAUCGCGGGAGAAACUACACUAUCGAUAACAGUGCAGAAUAGUGGACCAAACCCAUGAACCGUCAACUGCUUGUGUUACCCUCACCAACUAAUCUUUAAUCAUUAGGCUUUAUGUUUCAAGUUUCUA